CAGAUCCAUAUUUGAUCCAAUUAUAAACUGAUCGAAAUCGAAUUCGGAGCAGGAUCGAAUUCGAAAUCGGAUAAUCGGAUACCGUUUGCAGCUCUAUUCCCAGCUCUCCUGUCCGUCCACCCAAAAGGAAAAAAAAAGAAUGUCGAGUUGCAGGUUUUUGGUUGUCAAUGGCGUAGUCUCCCGCACUUCUGACGUUCCUCCUGUCUCGCAUUUCCUCGAAAACCAUCCAGGUGCUUAUACGACCACUCGCACGCACACAAAUGCUUCAUAUCUCUUAUUCUGGGAGAGGCACUUGCGCAGACUUGCAGAAUCAGCAAGGAUUCUCUAUGAAUCUAGACCGGAACUCUUAUUUGCUUCACUAGUGACUAGGGUUCCUUCAUCGUUAUCCUUGUCAUUGUGGGAGCCCACAAUUCGAUCUCUUGUUAACAAUUCAUUGACAGAAGUGUUACCAAUUGCAUUAGAAGAAAGAAAUUAUGGAGAGGAAUUGGCAGUUACUGCAUUGGUAGGUGGCAAUUAUACCAAAUUAAAUGAAGAAGAUGGCAGAGACGAAGAAGAAAGGAUUUUUAGUCUUCUUGAUGUAUACGUGCAUGUUAGCAUUUAUGUUCCACCUGCUUUUGGUGUUAGAACAAAUGCAGCGCAAUUAGCUGUUGUGGGUCGCGGAAGGGAUGUUGCGAAAGCCAAGUUUUCGGAUUGGGUCAGGCUUAGGAAAUGCUUGGAUAAGUUAAGGUCCCCUUGGGCUACUGAGGUGUUGUUAUCAAAUGAUGGUGAUCGGAUACUUGAAGGCUGUGUCACGAAUUUCUUCGUUGUUUGCCGCAGUGAAAGCAAAGAUGGUACAAGGAAAGAUCUAUUGGAUCACAAAAGUUUUUGUUCUUUUGAAGUACAGACUGCCCCUGUCAAUGAUGGUCUCCUUCCAGGCAUCAUACGACAGCUUGUACUUGAGAUAUGCUCAAGCAAGGGAAUCCCAUUUCGAGAAGUUGCACCCUCAUGGUCAGAGCGAGAACUUUGGGAAGAGGCAUUUGUUACAAAUAGCUUGAGACUUGUGCAGCAUGUAGAGGCAAUUCGGGUUCCAAGUUCAUGGGAACUGUUGGAAUCAAAAACCUGGGAGGAGUUAUCAUGGGAAGAGAAGCGGUUUAAGGAGGGUCCAGGGAUUAUUACUGCAGAAAUACAGGGAGAGAUAGUGGAGAGAGCAGGCUUUGAAGGAAGACCUGUAAGUAAUUUUGUUUGAUGGAUCAGUGGCUUUUGCAUUUCUGUAUUCUUGGUAAGGUGCUUUGGUAACCUCUGGUCCGAGCCCUAUUCUCAAGCGUUCUGAUACAAGGCAUUAUUAUACUGCCUCAUGGUUUUACCUAAUAAAGCAAGUUAUAGCUGCCUUCAGUUCAUGAUUCAGAGAUCAGAUAUCAUGCAGCCAUAUUUAGCUAUUAGGAUAUUAUGCAGACAUUACAAUUUUCUAUACUGUAGUUGUUGAGAGAGGAAACAAUGUAUGUGUUAUAGACUGUUCAUUCAGUAAUGUGUUUGAUAUUGUUGUUGAACUCUUCUAUAGAUUUUGAUAGACAAAAUGAUUGGAUGAA